GCAACCAAAAGUUCGCAUUUCACUUCAUAGACGAACUCAGAAGUUCACAUCUAGUUCAAAAUAGGAUCCCCAGAACUUCAGUUCCGAAUGAAGUUCGUUUAACAGCCACGGUUACUUGAAAGUUCAAUACAAUUCACCUUCACUUCUUUCUUCCGACAUUAAAGUUUACAACAGGAGAGUACUGAACUUGUUUCGAACCUAUGAUUUGAAGUUUAGUUAUAGUUCUAAUCGUACCUUAAGUCAACUAGAAAGUUCACAAUGAAUAUGUACUGGGCUUUUUUAUCGACUUUUCAGUACAAGGAAAGUUCUGCCUGGAACUUUAUAAGCGACUAACAGCAAACGUCAAAAGUAAAAUGUUUACGUUUCAUAAUUAACAUUUCAAGCUUAAAAUUAACAGCGGAAUAAAAUGGAUUAUUCAAAAACUAUUAAAAAGAAUGGCCUGUUUUACUAUCAUCGUAAAAAACUGUUGGCAAAAUGGGAAAAGGAAAACGAAGCUACUGCUCAGCCAGGUAUUUAUACAUGUUUAUAUUUAUUUUUUUUUAUAAACCCUUACAUUUGUUAAUUUAUUGAUCCUAUAGAAUUGCAACAACCCUCUUCUUCUAAAAAUGUUCCGAACCCGAAAAACGUAGAUGUUCCUAGACCACGACUUCAAUCUCUUACGGAAGAAAACGAUGGAAUUGACGAUUUUUCGACGAGUGAUGACGACCUUUGUGACGACGAACAUAUAUCAUUUGAUACUGAUUAUUGUAAUGAUGCAUUGGAUCAAAUGGACUUGAACGAGUGUAUUAGAUAUUGGGCUCUGAAAACAAAUCAAUCUCACGAAUCCAUAAACUUGAUUAUGGAGAUAAUCAGGAGAAAAACUAACGAGAAAAGAUUGCCCCGCUCAGCAAGAACGCUACUAAAAACAUCCCGAAGUGCAACCUCAGAAAUCGUUGCAAUUGCUGGUGGACAGUUCUGGUACAAAGGCAUCAAGCGAAAUCUCUGCGAUUAUUUUCGGUAAGCGAAAAUAAGGGGAUUCCCUAAACAGCGUGAACUGCUGCGAUAAAUAUCAUCAAGGAAAAAAGUAGAAAAUCAUGGCUAACACAGUUAUUUAUGCUGUUUAGUGAAUUCCUUUAACAAUUUAUUUUCAUUUAUAUAUAAAAAUUCGUUUACUUAUUUUUCACAGACACACAGAAAAGUCAUUCGACAUUUCGAUCAACAUUAACAUUGAUGGGAUUCCUGUGUUCAAAAGCAGCAAAUUGCAGUUUUGGCCCAUACUGUUCAACAUUACAGAAAUGCCUGAAAUUGCACCUAUGACCAUUGCUAUAUUCUAUGGCCAAACCAAACCAACUAGCCUUGAUGAUUUCCUCAAGCAAUUGGUCGAAGAGUUAAUCGAUGUGCUGAAUCACGGAAUUUCGAUCAACGAUCACAAGAUCAAUGUCAAGCUUCGCUGCUUUAUUUGUGAUUCACCCGCUCGUGCAUUUCUUAAAGGUGUCGCCAAUUUCAAUUCCAAAAGCGGUUGCCUCAAAUGCGAGUGUGAAGGCGAAUAUUCUCACGAGUCUCGAACGGUUGUCUUCACCUCGAUUAACAGUACAAAACGAACAGAUGAAAUGUUCAGGAAAAAUGCAUACAACCAUCACCAAAAGACAACCACUCCCUUACUGAAAAUACCCAACAUAAAUCUGAUCGAAGAUGUUAUUGUAGGAGACCGUUUGCACCUCAUAGAUUUGGGCAUCAUGAAGCGAUUGCUACUUGGUUGGCGGGAUGGAACUUUGGGUUAUGCUACACAAUUGUCAUCGCAACAGACUGGUAAAAUCUCACAGAUGCUAAGCCACAUACUAUUGCCUACUGAAAUUCAUCGAAAAUUACGUGGAUUGGAUUUCUUGUCGUUUUGGAAGGGUUCUGAGUUCAGCAGCUUUUUACAUUAUGCAAGCAUAGUAGUGCUUAAAGAGUUUCUUCCUGACGACAAUUAUAAGCACUUCUUACUACUCUUUUGUGCUAUUACUAUGUUAUCUUCGGAAAACUACAAAUCAAACUGGCACGUUGCUAGAAAAAUGCUGGAAAAAUUUGUUGAGGAGUAUAUGGAGCUUUACGGCGAACAAUUUUUGACUAGCAAUGUGCACAACCUACAACAUAUCGUAGAUGAAGUUGAGCGGUUUGGACCGUUAUCGACAUUUGCAGCCUAUCCUUUCGAAAAUGCCUUGCAACGAAUAAAACACCUGCUUCGAAGUGGGUGGAAAAGCCUUGAACAAGCCAUCAACAGGAUGUCUGAAAUUAACUCCAAAGAUUAUUACACAACCGCUAGAUCGAAAUCUCGAGAUCAAAAAUAUCCUUCUGUUAAAAUCUGUGGAGAUAAAAAAGUUAUUGAUGUAAAUGAAAGCUGUUUUUUAAGCAGUUCUGAUAGAAACUGUUGGUUUCUUACUCAUAGGAACGAAAUUGUACGCUUCGAACAUGUGCUAGAGACUCCUGAGUUGCUCAUCAAUGGGAAAAUCAUGACAUCAAAAACUGAUUUCUUUACAUAUCCUAUAGCAUCGUCUUUUUUGAACAUAUAUCUCUCUAAAAAGAGCAGUUUGGCUCGGUUUGAUUCACAGUUUAGUUGUAGUGACAUCAAAUGUAAAUUAGUUGCAAUUGAAUUUGGGGAUCAUCAAGUGUUUAUUCCAUUGGUGCAUACAUUUAUAAAAUCCAACAGUUGA